AUGAUUAUAUUUAUGGUUGCUGAAAAGCCAUCAUUGGCUUUAUCAAUAUCACAAAUUCUUUCUAAUGGUCAAUUAUCAUCAAGAAAAGGUUUUAAUAAUGUUUGUAGUGUUCAUGAAUGGACAGGAAAAUUUCAAUCAAAUCCAUCCGCUCGUUAUCGUAUGACAUCAGUAGCUGGACAUGUAUUUGGUAUUGAUUUUGUUCCACGUUAUAAUAAUUGGGAUAAAGUUGAUCCAGCUGAAUUAUUUGCUGGUGAAACGUUAAAAAAAGAAGCAACGGCAGGUCAUCAUAUGCCAGCUUUUCUUGAAAAAGAAUCACGAGGUGCUGAUGUAAUUGUAUUAUGGUUAGAUUGUGAUAAAGAAGGAGAAAAUAUUUGUUUUGAAGUACUUGAUUGUAUUAAGACUUCAAUGAAUCAAAAUGCAAAAAUUUUUCGUGCAAAAUUUAGUUCUAUUACUGAUAAAGAUAUUCGUCAUGCAUUUACUAAUCUUUCUUAUCCAGAUAAAAAUCAAUCAUUAUCUGUUGAUGCUCGUCAAGAACUUGAUUUACGUAUUGGUUGUGCAUUUACACGAUUUCAAACUCGAUAUUUUCAAGGAAAAUAUGGUGAUUUAGAUAGUAGUUGUAUAUCUUAUGGUCCUUGUCAAACACCAACACUUGGUUUUUGUGUUGAUCGUUAUGAUAAAAUACAAUCAUUUCAAUCUGAACCUUAUUGGUUAUUAACUGCUGAAAUAAAACAUACAAAUGAUAAAAUUUUCAAACUUUAUUGGGAUCGUGGUCAUGUAUUUGAUAAAGAAAUCGUUUAUUUUUUUCUUAAUAAUAUUAAAGCAGUAAAUAAAGUUCGAGUUAUAUCUGUUAAAACAGAAAAGAAACAUAAAGGACGUCCAAAUGCAUUAAAUACUGUUGAUUUAUUAAAAGUAGCUAGUGCUGGUCUUGGUAUGAGUCCUCAUCAUGCUAUGCAAAUUGCUGAACGUCUUUAUACAUCAGGUUAUAUUAGUUAUCCACGUACAGAAACUACACAAUAUGCUGAAAAUGCUGAUCUUAAGAGUGUUCUUCGUGAAUUAUCUAAUUGUUCGGAUUCCGAUUGGCGAAGUCAUAUAAAUAGUCUUUUAUCAGAUGGACAAUAUACACCACCAAAACGAGGCAAAGAUGUUGGUGAUCAUCCUCCAAUAACACCAGUUAAAGCAGCUAGUUCAUCAUCUGUUGGUGGUGGUGAUUAUUGGCGUGUAUAUGAUUAUGUUUGUCGACAUUUUAUUGCAACAGUUAGUCCUGAUUGUAUAUAUGAAGAAACAACAAUUUUAUUUGAUGUAUCAAAUGAAACAUUUUCAUUAUCAGGUAAAAAUGUUACUGAACCUGGUUUUACAUCCAUUAUGCCAUGGAAACGUGUUUCAAAUGAUGAACCUAUGCCAUCAUUUACAAUAAAUGAAAUAUUUACAAUUGAAGAUGUUAAAAUGGAUGAACGACAUACAACAGCACCUGAUUAUUUAACUGAAAGUGAACUUAUAUCAUUAAUGGAAAAACAUGGUAUUGGUACAGAUGCAAGUAUACCAGUACAUAUUAAUAAUAUUUGUGAACGAAAUUAUGUUAAAGUUGAUAGUGGACGACGUUUAAUACCAACAUCAUUAGGUAUUGUACUUGUUCAUGGUUAUCAAAAGAUUGAUCCGGAAUUAUCUUUACCUCAUAUGAGAUCAUCAGUUGAAACAGAACUUAAUGAAAUUGCUCUAGGUCGUGUUAAUUAUCAACAAUUAGUUUCACAUGUAAUUCGAAUAUUUGAACAAAAAUUUCAUUAUUUUGUUCAACAUAUUCAAGGAAUGGAUUCACUUUUUGAAGUAUCAUUUUCAUCAUUAGCUGCUAGUGGAAAACCAUUUGUUCGAUGUGGAAAAUGUCGUCGUUAUAUGAAAUUAAUUGAAUCAAGACCUAGUCGUUUACAUUGUGAAAUAUGUAAAGACACAUAUAAUCUUCCACAAAAUGGUACUAUUAAAGCAUUUAAAGAACUUCGAUGUCCAUUAGAUGAAUUCGAACUGGUUCAAUAUGUUGCUAAUAAUAAUGCAAAAAAUUUUUCUUUAUGUCCAUAUUGUUAUAAUAAUCCACCAUUUAAAGAUAUGCGUAAAAAUGUUGGUUGUAAUGAAUGUACACAUCCAACAUGUCGUUAUUCACUUGAAGUUAAUGGUAUAUGUGCUUGUUAUAUAUGUAAACAAGGUAUAUUUCUAUUAGAUGUAACAUCAAUACCAAAAUAUCGUCUUGCUUGUAAUAAAUGUUCAUUUGUUUUGACAUUACCUGAAGCUAUUCAAAAGAUAACAAUGAAAGAAGGUGAAUUUUGUGAACAAUGUGAUACAGCAUUAAUGGAUAUAGAAUUUAAUAAGGAAAAAAGUCCUGAUUUAUCUUCUCUUUCAUCAGCAUGUAUACUUUGUCAUGAAUAUUUUCUUGAAGCUAUUCAACGGACAGUAACUUAUAUUAGUAAUAUGCAAAAUCGACCAACUAGUGGACGUGGUAAUAUUCAUGGAGGACCAAGAGGUGGUGGACGUGGUGGUCAAGGUCGUGGAAGAGGCCGGGGUGGUGGUAAUCGAGGAAGAGGUUCUGCUCGUGGAGGAGGUCGUGGACGAGGACGAGGACGAAAUUAG